UUGUUCAGAGAGUCAUCUCAACGGCUUGCUAUACUGAUUUCUCGUCUCGCUCGGUCUAAAUUCAAAGUUGAGCAACUCACUGGUGACUUGUAUGGCAAUCGAAGGAUCAAAGUUUUGAGGCGUUUCAAAACCGGCACGACACGUGUGUUGAUUUGCUCGGAUGUCUUAUCUCGAGGAGUUGAUGUCGAGGGCAUUGAUUGUGUUGUGAAUUACGAACUUCCGAAGAAUGACCGCUUGUUUGUUCAUCGUGCUGGGAGAACGGGGCGAGCAGGACGGCUUGGACACGUUUUAAGCCUAGGCGACGGAGAAGAACGAAAGAUUUUCGUGAAGAAUGUGCUCCGCAAAAAUGGGCUCUGGGUGAAUGCCGAAGAAGAGGUCGUUGAACGGAAUGUGUACGAAAAUCAUCUAGGUCGCUAUGAAAAAGCACUUGCGCACCUUAAGAAAGAGCUCGUUGCUACAAAUGCUAUCGCAAAAGAUAAGAAGCCGAAGGUCAGUGGUUUUGCCUACCGGAAGAAAUCCAGCUGUACAUUACGUGGAAACACGAUGAGACGUAUAGCCAGCUUCACGCGAUAUCGCUACGGUUCUGUCUACAAGUGGCCUUUAAACUGGAUUCUACCUGCAAUGAAAAGAAGAGAAAUACUCACAAAACUCCAGGACAACGGCUGGGCUGACAAAGUAAGCAGUUGUUAG